AUGUUCAUUGACCUCACACAGGACUCGGAUCCAGAGGAUCGGCCCAGGAAUGCAAAUCCGCUUUUCUCGAAUCUUGCGCACAGGACACUUUCAGUUUCCUCUCGUGUUCCUCUCAAGAGAAAGUCAGAUAUAGAUUCAGAGACAACUUCAGUUUCUUCUUUCAACUCUACAUUUCCACAGCUCGGCGCAGAUGACUACAAUAGCCUUGUGCAGUCAUUCAAGCAGAAGCCUCAGCGGGCUCAUUUGAAGACCCCAAGCCCAGCCCCCAGGACUAAGAUUGAGGAAGACAUCAGCGUUGUCAUCCCCUCCCCAUCAGCACAGCUUAAGAGCGAAAUUGAGUCUGCUAAGCUGAUAACAGACGCUGUGUUGACCGGUGUCUCAGAAAAAUACUAUCCAACAGAUGUCCAUGAGAGGCGAGCUACACGCGGGGCUUACCCAGCUGCAAGAAAGACAAACCGAGCAGGUGUCUCUUUAGCCAUCGGAAAUCCUGGACCUUUCCUUACUGCGAAAAGCAGACGUCCUGUUGUAGAUCUCCUAUGUGAGAGUCUGAGGAAGAAACUCGCCUCGAUCAAGGGACCUUCUGUGACUGUUGCCGCCGGGGAUGAGAAGGCUCUGGCCGAGAAUACCGCGGGCUUUGAAUUCAUUAAUGAGUACAAACUCCGGGACGGCGUAACUCCCAUCAGCCCAGAGUUCAAUGCAGGUUGCUCCUGCGAUGUCGUCUGUGAUCCAGCACGGUGCGGCUGCUUGACUCAGGAGGAAGAUUCUGAUGCGCGAAUCAUUCCUUACAGACGCGCUGCCGAUAAUGGGUCUCUUUUGGUACUUUCUCCGGAAUUCAUGGCUCGUACUUCGAUGAUAUAUGAGUGUAAUUCGCUAUGCGGGUGUGGUGAAAAGUGUUGGAAUAGUGUUAUAGAACAGGGUAGGACCGUCUGCUUGGAGAUUUUCAACACCGGUAAUCGUGGCUUUGGCCUCCGCUCCCCGAACUACAUCCGCGCGGGUCAAUUCAUAGACCUCUACCUGGGGGAGGUCAUAACCCUAGAAAAGUCCGAGCAGCGCGAGAAGAUCGCCAACACCCGCGGCGCCCCAUCGUACCUAUUUACUCUCGACUUUCUCGUCGAUGAUGAAAAUAGCUAUGUUGUUGAUGGGUGCAACUAUGGCGCCGCUACCCGCUUCAUCAAUCACUCUUGCAACCCUAACUGUCGCAUGUUUGCUGUCUCCCGCACACAUGGCGAUGAGUAUCUCUACGAUUUGGCCUUCUUUGCACUAAGAGAUCUCGCACCCUACACCGAGCUCACCUUCGACUAUAAUCCAAGCAUGGAAAGAGUCGAUGCCCCAGAUCCCAACGCGGUACCUUGUCUUUGUGGCGAGAAGAAUUGCCGUGGGCAGCUAUGGGCUAAUGAGCGGAAGAAGACGAGAUAA